GGGCAGCAGGAAGUCUCGCAAGUCGCUCCGCCUCGCGGUAUCCCCGCCAUUGGUCCAUGCUUGUUCGGAAAGACGCCGGUGGCCGAGGACGCCAAGAGCGGCCAGUCGGAAUUCAGCAGCCAGCGCCGACUGCUGAAUAAUCCGCUCUUCUGGCCCGGUGAUAACGCUGAUUAUGGCGUGCCGGAGGCGACACGAGUUGGCAAGGUCAGGGUUGGCGAGCAACAGGUCAUCGACUCUUCUUCGCAGUUCCCCCGCACAGCAGUCCUCCGUGGCCGGCAGGUGACUCGCAACCUCUCGCACCUCGAACGCGCCGAGAGUUUGUUUGUGUGACAACAAGUAGUGCCAAUCGGCCACUUUUCGCCGCCCGCCACCAUGAUCAACCUGGAGAUGACAGAGUCCGGCCGAAAGGUCCGCUUCCAGGACAUGGAGCACAUUCUCAGAAGCACCUUCCUACCGUGGGUUAUGGAUACCGCUCCAGGGGAUGAUGAGGCCCCUAAGGACCCGGGGGCCUUGCAGACCCACCACUUGGGAUACACUGAAAAGGACUUUGAGGGUCACCGAGCGCACACCGUUUAUGUAGGGGUGCACUUGCCCGGUCAAGGUCACCGCAGGCGGUCGCACCGGAAACACCACAAACACCACAAGAACAGCAAGGACAGCACCGACGAGGAUGACAGGCCAAUCACUCCGCCCGCUCAACGAGUCCAGUUUAUCCUGGGCGAGGACGCCGAGGAAGGAACCGGCCAUGAGACGCAUCCUCUCUUCUCCGAGAUGGGCGAGUUGGUCCGCGAAGGGGACGACUUCGAGUGGAAAGAGACGGCUCGUUGGAUCAAGUUCGAGGAAGACGUGGAGGAAGGCGGCAACCGUUGGUCGAAGCCGCACGUGGCCACCUUGUCCCUGCACUCGUUAUUCGAGUUGAGGGCCAUGCUGUCCAGCGGCACCGUCAUGCUUGACAUGGAGGCCAGCAACAUGGAGCAAGUGGCAGACCUCACAAUCGACGCUAUGGCCUCUGCAGGCCACCUCACGCUUGAGGAGCAGAAAGAAAAGGUGCGCGACGCCCUACUGCGUAAACACCGACAUCAACACCAAAGGCGCAAGGAAGCGAGUUCGUCCAACAUGGCCCGCUUACCAAUCAUCCGAUCGCUGGCGGAGAUCGGUCGCAAUCAUUCCUCCUCCAAAAUAAACGACCGGCGGCGCAGCAGCACAACGAGCGCGCAGGACGGGUACAUGAUCGACGACGGCUCCGUGGUGCCCGUGACCCCGAUGUCCAUGCUGGUGCAGCAGUCCAUGAUGGCGAUGGCCGCGCCCCAGAUGCACGGAGACCUCGUCCUGCAACCACCCAAGAUUGUUCACCAGUACCAAAGAUACCUGUCGUUGCCCGCUGGCUCCGGUUCUGGCGCAGCCAGCGUGCCUCACGAGGGCAUGGACCACAGCCCCUCGUCCGGCUCCAUACCCCGAAACCAAAGUGCCACCGGACUCUCGGAAAGCGCCACCAACGGCGAUCUGUCCCAGCACAAGACAAACGUACAUUUCAUGCGCAAAAUUCCUCAAGGCGCUGAAGCCUCAAACGUGCUGGUCGGCGAGGUGGACUUCUUGGAGAAGCCCCUCUCCGCCUUCAUCCGUCUUUCGCAGGCCACCUUUAUGGGUGACCUGACCGAAGUUCCCGUCCCCACUAGAUUCAUUUUCAUCCUCCUCGGCCCAGUGGGUGGCAGCUCCCGUUUCCACGAGAUAGGCCGUUCGAUGGCGACCCUGAUGUCGGACGAGAUCUUCCACGACGUGGCGUACAAGGCGCGCAAACGCGAGUACCUGGUGGUGGCGCUGGACGAAUUCCUGGACGCGGUCACCGUGCUGCCACCAGGCGAGUGGGACCCGACGAUCCGCAUCGAGCCGCCGGCCGCCAUCCCCCAGUGCACCCGCCGCAACCCUCCAGGGAGCGGCAAGGAUCCCGAGGUUGACUCUAUCGAGGAGGAGGAGGACGAGCAGAAGCAGCGCGAACAGGCUGGCCUCUCGCGCACAGGACGCCUCUGGGGUGGACUCAGAAACGACAUCAAGCGAAAGGCGCCGUGGUACUGGUCCGAUUUCAAGGACGCUCUGGCAGUUCAGUGUAUAGCCUCUUGGAUUUUCCUCUACUUCGCUUGUCUCUCGCCCAUCAUCACGUUUGGCGGCCUCCUCGGACACGCAACUGGCAACAACAUGGCAGCAAUGGAGUCCCUCGUGUCUGGUUUCGUCUGCGGCAUGGGUUAUGGCUUUUUCUCUGGACAACCACUUACCAUUCUUGGCUCCACGGGUCCAGUUUUAGUUUUUGAAACCAUUAUGUACGACUUUUGCCAGUCAAUCGGCUGGGACUACUUGUGCUUCCGGUUUUGGGUCGGCAUCUGGGUCGGAAUUAUUCUUGUGAUUCUGGUAGCCAUCGAUGCGAGUGCUUUUGUCUGCUACAUCACCAGGUUUACUGAGGAGAAUUUCGCAACUCUGAUCGCAUUUAUUUUCAUCUACAAGGCCAUAGAAAAUGUGCUGAAGAUUGGCUUUGAGAAUCCUGUCAAUCCAAUGGGAGACAUGAAUAAUUACUUGCUCCCUCAAAACUGCUCGUGCGCUCCAGGAAACUCAACGGUCAUGCAAGAGUGGAACGCAGCAAACUGGUCUAGUGUGGGGAAGCAGGAAUGCAUGGCUCUUAACGGCACGCUCAUGGGUCCUGGUUGCGCGGCCAUUCAAUAUGUGCCAGACGUUUUCCUGAUGUCUGUCAUCCUGUUCUUGGGCACCUUCAUCAUCUCGGUCAUUCUGAAGGACUUUAAAAACUCCCUUUUCUUCCCCUCCAGUGUCCGCCAAGUGAUCAGUGACUUUGGCGUUAUCAUUGCCAUUUUUGCGAUGACCCUUCUUGAUGGCUACAUGAAAAUAGACACUCCCAAGCUCAUGGUACCGUCAGAGUUCAAACCAACUCUUCCCAACAGAGGUUGGCUUGUUUCUCCCUUCAUCAACCCUUUUUACACCAUAUUCCUGGCACCUUUGCCCGCUCUUCUGGCUACCAUCUUGAUAUUCAUGGACCAGCAAAUCACAGCUGUCAUCGUUAACCGCAAAGAGAACAAACUCAAGAAAGGAGGAGGUUACCACUUGGAUCUGUUUGUUUUGGCCAUACUGAUCAUGAUAUGCUCCGCCAUGGGUCUGCCAUGGUUCGUGGCCGCAACCGUGUUGUCUAUUAACCACGUCAAUUCUCUGAAACUCGAGUCUGAAUGCGCCGCGCCCGGCGAAAAGCCCCAGUUUUUGGGAGUCAGGGAACAACGCGUGACCCACAUCAUGAUAUUUGCCAUGAUCGGUCUGUCAGUGGUUAUGACUCCACUGCUUCAGCACAUUCCCAUGCCCGUGCUCUUCGGCGUCUUCCUCUACAUGGGUGCAGCUUCGCUGAAGGGUCUGCAGUUCUUUGACCGCAUCCUCAUCAUGUUCAUGCCCCUCAAGUACCAGCCGGACUACAUGUUCCUGCGGCAGGUGCCCCUGAAGCGCGUGCACAUGUUCACCGCCAUCCAGCUCACUUGUCUUAUCGCCCUCUGGGUCAUCAAGUCAUUUAAGAAAACCUCAAUUCUGUUCCCUCUCAUGUUGGUUGUGAUGAUUGGCAUGAGGAAGGGUCUAGACUUCUUUUUCACGCGACGUGAGCUGAAAAUUCUGGACGACGUGAUGCCUGAAACGAGUAAGAGGUCUGCAGCUGAAAAGAAGCACAAGUUGGGGGUGGAUGACGAUGACGAGUCGGGAGAUAUGGAAGGUGGACAGGGAAAGCUGCCCAUUGGGCCAUCUGGGAACCUGGCUAUUCCUCUGGCGAACGGCAACAUCAUGAAGAUUCCGCUGGCGUCCAUCAACAUUUCAGAAGAAGUGAACAAAAGCGGAGUAUGGAAGCAAGUCAAUGAAGACAAUGGAAUUGCGAUCAAGGAUGAAAAGAAGAAAAGUUCUUCACCCUCAAAAAACAGUAAACCGCGAAAGAGAGGCAGUAAAAAGGACGCUUUGACGGAAGACGAGCGACACCGCUUGUCCACGAUGACGGAGGAGCAGGAGGAGGACGACGGAGGCAUCACCAUCAAGAAAACCCCCAAGCAUGAGGCGAGCAACGGUGACAGGCAGAAAAUCGCCGCCGCUACUAACAACCAAACGGCACCGCUGGCCCCGCAAGCUUCCAUGGAGGAGGACGAGGAGGAGGACCCUUUGAGCGUAACCCCGUCCACGCCCAUGUUGCAGAAAUCCAAGCAGCAGGAAGGUAGCCAAGAGAAAAGCAAUGGUCUGCAGGAGCAGUCGUAACGGUGCCUCAUCACUAGUCACCCAAAUCUUUCCACUCACCACUCAAAUCAUUCCUAGCCCUAGAUCGACAGUUCAAGAAAUUUGCGCAUAAGUGACCCCAACCAAGCAUUAAACGGGAAAAGUAAAAACGGCGCUGAGACGUCUGUGUAAUCCAGUGGGACAGCGCCAAAGCCGAAAUCAAACACUGAACGCAUUUUAGCCAAAGUCUGCGACCCUUUUGACUCCAUUUAGGUGCAGUAAUACCGCAAUUAAUUAACUUGUUACAUUGUCUCCGCCGCUUCUUCGGUUCCUUCCCAAGGAACUGUGUUGUUUAUUAUGAAACACGCGCGCGCUCUGCCGGUGAAUCAAUUCAUCGGGGGGUUUUUUUUUUUAUUUCUCUGACAACAACGCAGGCAACUUUUAUCCAACUCUCAUCCCAGUGCAAUUAUCCAUCAACGGACGUGAGUCAGGCAGGGCGCGCACGCGGCUCGUAAUAACGUCAUUUUGUUAAGAUAAUAUUAUAUAUCGUUGAUGUGCUCAUUGUGCUCUAUUAUAGUUUUUAAAAACUCAAAAGACAAAAAAUCAUACUUGUAUUGGUUUCGCCAGGCUUGAAGCAAAAGUCAAUUUCAGCAGUGUGUAUAGUUGUUGAUGCGGAAUACGGCAGUUGCAUUGUAAAACCGUCAUUUUUACAUAUCUGCCAUUCUGUCUCGAGUAGACGGCAGCUGUCAAUUUUUCAGCAAUUUCGGUGCAUUUGCUUUCUCUGGAAACACAACCCCCUUCAAAUAAGCAGGCAGCUUUUAUUCCACAGUAGCGAAAUUUCAAGCAAAGGGGCCACACACACACACACACACACUGUCGCGAGGAAACGAUUUUGAAGCAGUAUUUUUAAGAAGGGAAAUGUAAUCCAUCAACUUCGCUGUAAAAUGAGCAGAAACCGAAAAACUAAACGAAGUGACAAAUACCGUUGAAUAAUAUAUUUUAUCACGCGUCUUUUAAGGUGAGAAUAAUUAGCAGUUGUAAAACGAUUAACUACUACGGAAUAUUUAAUGCGUAGUGUUUUUAGCUCUUAACAUUUGGUGAACUCUUUGUUAUAGAGGACGAGAUUAAGCUGAAAAUCUACUUCUGUGUUUAGUUUAGUUGACAUGUUUUUGAAUGGUUAGCGCAAUCGCCCUGUUUUGUUUUUGGCAAAAUUUUCUAACGUUACUACAUGUAGGUCGGCUGAAUUGUUGAUGAUUUUUUGGUCGAUGUUUGUGUCUUUAGAAUUCCAAUUUAAGCGGCUGUGUGUUUCGAUGCAGUUUGGUGCAUUUUAUCUUUUCACGUUGAUAACUAUACUGCGUUUUAACCCGUUUAACGUUUUUGCCGUCUCCUUAAACAUUAUUUGUUGACUCAUGCAUCACAACAAGUUUACUUUUACAACCCUCGAUAGUUUAAAAAAGUUAAGCGUUGCAACAGUAACUUUACUGCCACAUGUGUAUUACUCUUUUGGGUGCCAGGGUUCUAUAUCGAUUUGAAAUGUUGUGCCAAAAUAUGCUGAUUUUAUUUACAUUUUUGGUACCUAUUAGCAGAUCAGGAACGUUUUAACUGAAGCAAAUGGGAAAAUAUAUUCAAAUCGGAGCAAACUGAUUGUGUAAUAAUUGUGCCUAAAACGCUGGUAUAUAUAUAUUUUACAAGUAUUACAUAUAGGGAAUCAUACCUCUGUAUUACAUACGAACGCAUUGUGUAAAUACAUAAUUUCACCUAGACAAGAAAAUUCAAGAACCAGGUGGACAGAAAUCAAAAUUGCUCAGUGUCGUGAAGAUCUGAAUUGUUAGCCAAAUUCAAUCUCCGUUUUGAAGUAAAACUCGUAAGAAACCACACGCACGCUAUUACAAUACAGAUGAGUGUUGAAAACAGUACUGAAUGAUUGUGAAAACACACACACGUGAGUGUUAGUUCUUGCACUUGUAGGGUAAAAUAGAGAGGAAAUUAGGCUCAAAAUAAUCAAACACUUAAUGAGAACUGCAGUAGUAAAUGUCGUUAGAUUUCUGAUUGACAGAGCUUUAGCGUGCAAGAAAUGAGCAAGUGAAUAAUGUUAUGUGCAUUGUGUCAAUUUUUGGGGGUCAGUUGAGAACGAAAAUCAGCCAUUUUGACUUUCCAGCAUUCUGAUCGAAACAUUAAAUUAAACAUUAAAAUUGAAGCAUUGAAAGAAACAAUGUCAUAAUAAAAUCGAGAUGAUGUAUAAUCACAAGGAA